AUGGCAGCUACCCAGACUGUGCUUUGGUCAAGAGUUCUCGAUCGACUGGCUGGCCCAACUCCCCCAAAGUUGAUCGUCGUGGAUCCGAGAUACAGUGAGAGUGCUUCCAAAGCUACACUGCACUUGGCCCCAAAGAUCGGUACCAAUCUCGCGCUGCUGAACGGUAUUCAGCAUCUCAUGUUCAAGAACGGCUGGAUCAACGAAGCUUAUGUCUCAAAGCAUGUCGUCGGUCUUGAAGCUCUAAAAAGCACAGUUGAAGGCUACAGUCCGGAGAGAGUUGCAGAAAUCACCGGUGUUCCAGCAAGCAAGAUUGAAGAGGCUGCUAGUAUCCUCGGCCAAACGCCAAGUCUUCUCUCUUCAGCUCUUCAAGGUGUCUAUCAGUCCAACCAAGCAACAGCUAGCGCGUGUCAAAUCAACAAUAUUCACCUCCUUCGCGGUCUUAUUGGGAAGGCAGGAAGUGGUAUCUUCCAGAUGAAUGGUCAACCAACUGCUCAGAAUAACCGCGAGACCGGCUGUGAUGGCGAGUUCCCUGGGUUCAGAAACCACCAGAACGCUAAGCAUAUGCAAGAACUGGCAGACUUGUGGAAUAUCAACAACAUCCAGGUGCCGCACUGGAAUGAGCCUACUCAUAUCCAUAACAUGUUGACAUUCAUGGAGAAGGGCUCUAUUCGAAUGGUUUGGGUUUCUGGGACGAAUCCCCUCGUCAGCUUGCCCAACCUUCCCAAAGUCCGAGAUGUAUUUACUCAACCGGAGCUCUUUGUCAUCUGCCAGGAUAUCUACAUGACUGAGACAGCUUCUAUCGCUGAUGUUGUCCUCCCAGCUGCUCAGUGGGGCGAGAAGACAGGAUGCUUCACAAACGUUGACCGAACGGUGCAUUUGUCUCACAAAGCCGUUGAACCGCCUGGAGAGGCGAAGCCAGAUCUUGAAAUCUUUCUAGACUAUAGUCGUCGCAUGGAGUUCAAGAAUAAAGAAGACGAGCCUCUCACUCCGUGGACGGAACCAGAGGAAGUCUUUGAGGCGUGGAAACGUCUAUCUGCAGGCAGACCUUGCGAUUACACAGGCAUGUCUUAUGCGAAGCUAACAGGCGGUUCUGGUAUCCAGUGGCCCUGCAACGACCAGUAUCCCGUUGGCAAAGAGCGACUCUUCGACGACGGUGUCUUCUUUACAGAUAUUGACUACUGCGAAAGUUAUGGUCAUGAUCUACAGACUGGUGUGCCAUAUUCCGAAGAGUACUACAAAGAACUCAGGCCAGCUGGUCGUGCAAUUCUCAAGACGUGCGACUAUAUACCCCCAUAUGAAGAUUCGGAUCAUGAGUACCCUUUGAGACUUUCGACAGGACGGAAUGUGUAUCAUUUCCAUACCAGGACCAAGACAGGGAGGACUGCACUGCAGAAAGCGUGUCCCGAGCCUGUGAUCCGAAUAUCUGAGAAGGAUGCUGAGACUUAUGAUAUCAAAACAGGAGACAUGGUGGUAAUCAAGUCCAGGCGGGGCAAGGUUGAGAUGAAGGUGAAAGUCGGCAAGAUUUCUCAAGGACAAGCUUUCAUCCCGUUCCAUUUUGGAUACUGGGACACAAAGGAUGGAAGGGCACGAGCCGCAAAUGAGCUCACGAUCACCGAAUGGGACCCUAUAUCGAAGCAGCCGACCUUCAAAUCUGGUGCAAUAUCCAUCGAAAAGGUCCCAGAUGAUCGCCCAACGGCAAAGGAACGGCAAUCGGAAGCUUUGGCAAAAGAAGAAAAGAACGACGCAAGCAAUUCGAACGUCACAGAGAGUGAUCUCAACAACCGCGAGCGUGAAUUGGAGACUUGGCUAGGCGAAACCUACGAAUCAAUUCUCCUCCUGCGCGACAUCACAGAACAGCUGCUAGAUCAUCUAGUAGCCGACUCAGAAGCUCACUCCGGCGUUCGAAUUCUCAUCCAAGUCACCAAAGACACAACCAAACGCCUCAAACCACAGGUUGAUAAAUUCGGUGAGAAUCAAGCCCGUGGUAGACACGCCGCUCAUACGCUGCGCGACUCAUUAUUCCCCAAGAGCGAUGAUACACCAAGUCAACUACAAGUGUUGGAAGCGCUGCGAAGUCUGCAGGUGUACUUGGCUCAUCUGCGCGUUGGGCUGGAAGCGCUGAACCCUGUUAGUCAAGCAAUUUGGAAUGAGGAGUUCUUUCAGGCAGUAUCGUAUGCUAUUUCGCAGGUUAAGAGGAUGCAGGAUUGGGUGACCACGCAGAUCAAGGUUAGGGCUCCUCAGGCGCUUUUAGUGCCCUGCAAGGUCGAUUAG